ACUCAGUCGGGUUCGGAUCUGUGUGACAGUGCGCCGUCCGCCAUUCUCUGCCGUCUGUCAGUUUACGCGCCAAAAUAGAUUUGCGCGCGCUUUUGUUUGUGCAAGUGUUUUUGUGGGAAAUGGUUUUGUGAACUGAGUUAAUUGUUUGUAAAUUGUUUUCUGAUUUGAAAAACGACUUAAAAAAUCUCAAAAAUGACUUUGAGCAUGGAACAAUACAUAACCACGGAUGAUAUUGAAACUGUGGUGUAUGGUUACCGUAAAAGCCGAUGGCGGACGGUGCUGGUGUACUUUUGCUCCGUCCUGACGUGUGGGAUCCCGUUCCUGUUGUUCCACUGGUGUCCUACCUGGUUCCUGUAUCUGACUUCCGUGAGGAGCUGCUUCCAGUUAGCUGAUCAAGUUUUGGUUGUUGAAACCUACCAAAAGAAGCACAAAGAUUAUUUUAUUCAUAAAAUAUUGGAGAAAAACAUUGCAGAUACAAGUGGUCUACUUAAUGAGGGCUUCCACGAUGAAGAAAAAGGUGAAAAAACUACAAUUGAGAGCCCCGACGUCCUGCAUACCCCAGUCAUAUUGGAUGAUGGCUCCUCUCUCAACGUCCAACACUACCGCUACUUUCGACAUAAGAAACAGUCGCUCAUAUGGGAUUCUUUGCGCGCGCACUGGGCCCGUCUCGCGGGCCUUGAAUGUGGGGCCACGUGCGCACAACUACAAGCUAUGGGAGCCCGCGCGCCUUCUAGCGAGCGCCGCGUCCGUCUGCUGAACAUCUACGGGCUCAACGAGAUCAAAGUGCCGGUCCAGUCCAUCCUGACGCUGAUCCUGCUGGAAGUCUUCAACCCUUUCUACGUGUUCCAACUGUUCACCAUCGCCGUGUGGUUGGCAGAACCGUACUACUACUACUGUAUAGCGGUGGUGCUGAUGUCCACGUUUGGUGUGGCCACGUCCGUUAUACAGACUAAGAAGAACCAGCAAAACCUCCGAGCGACCGUCGAAGCGUAUGACACCGUAGAGUUAUGGGACGGGCGUACAGUAGACAGCCGCGCGGUGGCGCCGGGUGACGUCAUCGUGAUCCCACGCCAUGGGUGUACCAUGCAUCUGGACGCGGUCUUGCUUACCGGCGCCGCCGUUCUCAAUGAGAGCAUGCUCACUGGUGAAUCAGUCCCAGUGACGAAGACUGCCCUCCUGCGAACGGAUCGCCCUUUUGACAUGAAGGAACACUCUUCCAGCAUCCUGUUCUGCGGAACCAAGGUCAUACAGACGCGGUACUACAAUAAUGAACCGGUUAGAGCGUUGGUCCUUCGAACCGGAUACAACACAAGCAAAGGUCAGCUAGUACGCAGUAUUCUAUACCCUGCACCGGCAGACUUCAAAUUCGACCGGGAUUCCUACAAGUUCAUCUUCAUACUUGCCGUCAUCGCGCUCAUCGGACUGGCUUACACUGUGGCGCUUAAGGCGUACAGAUCCCUGACCCCCGGCGACAUAACCUUAAAAGCUCUGGACAUCAUUACGAUCGUGAUUCCUCCGGCACUGCCGGCGGCCAUGACGGUAGGCCGGCUGUACGCUGUCACGCGGCUGAAGCGCGCGCGCGUGGCGUGUCUCAACACUAGAGCUGUCAACGUCAGCGGCUCGCUGGACUGCAUCUGUUUUGACAAGACGGGAACUCUCACGGAAGACGGUUUGGAUAUGUGGGGCGUAGUCCCAUCAAGCACCGCCACACAACCAGCGCAUCUGGGGCGCGCGCUCCGCGACCCGAGGGCUCUUAAUGACUUGCACCCGCUGAAAAUAGGAAUGGCGGCGUGUCACAGUCUUACGCUGCUGGAUGCAGAACUGGCUGGAGAUCCACUGGAUUUAAAGAUGUUUGAGUCAACUGGAUGGACGCUAGAAGAGCCAGACGUGCCGGAAUCCACCAACUACGAAGUCCUGACACCGACGAUAGUCAAGCCGAAGAAAACUGCUAAUAUCAACGUUGAUGACGUCAAUAUGCCGCUAGAAGUCGGCAUAGUCCAGCAACACCAGUUCGUGUCGUCACUGCAGCGUUCGUCCGUCGUGACGCGAGUGCUAGGAGAAGAUGUCCUCCGUGUGUUUUGCAAGGGAGCUCCCGAGAUGCUGCGGACGCUGUGUCUGCCGGAGACAGUGCCCGACAACUUGAACGAAGUGCUAAGCUCGUACGCUGAGAAAGGAUAUCGCGUCAUCGCGCUCGCCACGCGCCUCAUGGAAACUACGCACAAACAGCUUCAGAAAAUGCACAGAGAUGAGGUUGAACGUGAACUGGAAUUCCUUGGGCUGGUGAUAAUGGAGAACCGGCUCAAACCGGCCACCACUGGGAUCAUACGGGAGCUGAAGGAGGCUAACAUCCAAGUAGUUAUGAUCACUGGUGACAACAUCCACACCGCUGUGAGCGUGGCGCGCGAGUGCGGCAUCCUGGCCAGCGGCGAGCGCGUGGUGCAUUUGACGCACGACUCGAGCGGGAAGACGCCCGUCAUCUACUGCGAGAGCACGCUUCGGGGGGCGCCAGUCGGCCGCAAGACAGCAUUACAACGCUCGUGGCGCAGCGUAGACAGCGGACACGGCUCAUGGCGCGGCUCAGCUUCUAACUCCAACUCCAACUCUGAGUCGCUGGACGUGGAGGCGAGCGCCCGGGAGCCGCAGUACAAGAUCGUGAUGAGCGGCGAUACUUGGCGGGUGAGUGGACUGUUUAUUUCUUCUUUAUGCCGCGUAGUGGAGCGAGGAGCGGUGUUCGCGCGGAUGACGUCCGACCAGAAGCAGCAGCUUAUACUGGAGUACCGCAUGUGCGGCGACGGCGCCAACGACUGCGGCGCGCUACGGGCGGCACACACCGGCAUCUCGCUGUCGCAGACCGAGAGCAGCGUGGCCGCGCCCUUCACAUCGGCUCAUCCUGACAUCGUCUGCGUCUCCAGGGUACUUAGGGAGGGCCGGGCCGCUCUCACCACAUCUUUCGGUGUGUUCAAGUUCAUGAUCGCGUACUCACUCACCGAGUUUCUCUCCGUUGCAUUCCUCUACUAUUUCGACGCGAAUCUCACAGACUUCCAGUUCCUAUACAUAGAUGUCGCUCUGAUCGUGAAUUUCGCGUUUUUCUUCGGCAUGACGGAGGCUUAUACCGGAAAACUAUGUAAGAUACCACCUUUAACAUCUUUGCUAGGGUUAGUCCCUCUAUUUUCUCUUAUAGGACAACUCGGGCUCAUAUUUAUAACGCAGUAUUUAAGCUACUACGCGCUGACGACGUUCCCCUGGUACGAAAGACACACUUAUGCAGGAGAAGAAGCGAACGAAUGUUGGGAGAACUACGCCAUUUUUACUGUGUCUAUGUUCCAGUACAUUACUCAAGCAAUCGUUUUCAGUCACGGGUCUCCGUACAGAAAAUCUGUCAUUACAAACAAACAGCUCAUGAUAAGCGCUGUCAUCAUGACAGCUAUAAGUGCGUACGUAACGAUCUCCCCUGCGCAAUGGUUGGCCACGUUCUUGGAACUGCGAAUGCCGAAAGAUUCUUUGCUAUCCUACAUGAUUAUUAUACUAGCAAUAAUUAAUUUCAUAGUAGCUUUAUUCUUUGAGAGGGUUAUAAUACAGUUCCUGAUGGAAAGUAAGCAGUUUAUACCUAAGUUUUUGAAAGAGAAAAAAGUGAUGAAAACUCCUCACCUAAUGAUCAAAAGGCAACUGACAGAUAUGGACUACCUAGAUUAUGAUAGCUCAGUCAGUUUUGAUAAAGAAGUUAUUAUUACUUCUGAUUCUAGUUCGGGGAAAGAAAGCUGAUCUAUUUAAACUUGUUUGAAGACGUGAACAAACCAUUUAUCAAUAGUUGAUGUAUAUUGUAUUACUUUUCAACCAUAUCAAUGACGGGUCAAUGAAUUUAUACUAUUCAGUAUUUUAUUUACGACCUUAUUAUGACAAUUUUAGAAAGUUAUUUUUAUACACGAAAGUAUAAUAUACUAGGCAAAUUAUUUAUUUACUGUCGAUUUUUUACAGUAUUCUACAAUUUUAAAUGAAAUGUUUUUCUUGUAUUUUGUAAUAAUAGAUUUACUGGUAAAUCUAAAAAGCUUUUAUUAUAUUUUUGAAUCGCAAUUUUAUAUCGUUUCUUAAAUCGAAUAUCUAAUGCAGUCUAUAUUUUAGCAGUGCAUUAGGUUUUAGGUCAAUUAUACCAUUUUUUUCCAUAAUUAUACUUAAUAUUUUUUAAAUCCAUUACUUACGUUUUUUUCAUGACUUCUAAAAGGAGUUAAUAUUACACAUGUAUUAUUAUUAAGUAUGAAAGAAUAGUUCAAAUUAUGAGUCAUAUUAUGACAUAGAGCCGAUCUUAACUUAUGAAACGUAAUUUAGGUGAUCAACAAAAUGUUUUUAUUUACAUUAGAAUUUAAUUAAAUGUAUUAUUACCGUACGUGGUUACCUCAUAACACCGUAUUGUUGAUUAAUAACACUGCACAACAAAAUUGCAACUUUUGGCUGAUGAUUGACUUUCAUUACAUGAUGUUUACUAAUUUGACGUCGCUGAUUCUGAAUCUGCCGUCCAUUUUUUCGUAGCAGCUCUUGGUUACGUGUUAUAGCUUUCAAUCAAAAAUUGCUAAAUUUCAGUCUUAAUUCGCCGACAGUUAAAAAAAUACUAUGUUUUCUUUGUAUAAUUUAAUAUGGUAGCAUUAAGAAGUGUUUGUGUGAAUGAUCUAAAUCAAUUUUGUUUCAUUUGCGGAGAGGAUAUGUUUAAAUAAUCCGUUUAAAUGUGACAGAGUUCGUAAAAUUGGCUUACAAAAAUUAGUUUGGGGACCCAGUGGAAAUGAAAGAUAAGCCUUGAAUUCCGCAAAAGGCGUGGAAAAGAUGCGUUGAGAUUUUACGUUUAUAAACAAAUAAGAAUAUGUGUAGAUUUAGUUACGAAACCGCUAUGAUCUGAAAGGAACCCUUGAACCAUCGCGACGACUGUUAUUUUUAUUUUUGAACAGAAAUGGUAUUAACCAAAAAAUAUUGAACUAAAUGGUAAUUCCUUGCAUACGUUUGGCAUGUAGACGUCUUUUCAACCCUAAGAAGUCACCUGAACCUCAUGUUGAUACUUCACAUGAGGAUUUUGAGGCGAAAACUGUCAGUGUGGUAGAAACUUUGAAUGUGACCCGAAAUUUUCAAAACCAUGUAGCCAAGAUGGUUUAAACGAUCGUUUUAGAGAUUUAGGAUCUUCAAGUUUUCCGAAAAGACAUGGAAUGAGUUAUUUUGGCAUUUUAAUUUUUUUUUGGAAAAUCCGAAAAAAUCUUACUAUUCUUACACAUCGAACAACGUAUGAGUCACUUACAAACUUGUUUUUUUGUUUGGAUGUAAUAUAAACAUCGAAUUACACUCUCUUCGCAAUCACCUGAACAAUUUUAUCACAACUCUUAAGGAUCUAGGUGAAGAACAUGGCGAGCAAAUCCACCAGGGCCUUCAUACGAUAGAGGGACGCUAUCAGGGCCACUGGAAUGCACACAUGAUGGCUGACUGCUGUUGAAUCAUUCAGAAGAGCUGUCUGCCUUCAGCAUCAGCAAGGAAGUCAAAUAAAAGAUUUUUUUUUUCAACUUAACAACUUCAUAAAAUAGGAUCAUCUCUAAAAAAAGAGUGUUUUUUUACAAAAAGACCCAAGUGUCAUAUUUUCUUAACCAGAGCUGAUACAGACAUUUCAAUCACAGAUUUGAAAUCGUCAUUAAAAAUUGGACUAAUAUCAUGUAACAUAACCCAAUCAUCAGAAAUGCUGUUGUGCAGUGUAAUAAGUUAAUAUCAGAUUUAGACUAUUAAUACAGAGUAAUGAUCAAUUUUGGACUUAUUAAUGCAAUUCUAAGUUAUAACUUUU